AUGCCAGAGCUAACAGCACCACCAAACACCUCCUCUUCCUCCUCCGUCCGGCUGAAGCCGGCGUACCGCUUCUUGGUCAACAACUUCUUGCCGAUCCUCCUCAUCCCCUCUGCCGCCUUCCUCCUCGUCCACCUCCUCCGCCUCGGCCCUCAGGACCUCCGCCCCCUCCUGGACGCCCAGCUCGACCCCCUCCACCUCCUCUCCUCGGCGUUCCUCCUCGUCCUUGCCGCCACCCUCUACUUCUCCUCCAAGCCACGCUCCAUCCUCCUCGUCGACUACGCCUGCUACAAGCCGCCCGUCACCUGCCGCGUCCCCUUCUCCACCUUCAUGGAGCACUCCCGCCUCAUCCUCCGCGACAACCCCCGCAGCGUCGACUUCCAGAUGCGCAUCCUCGAGCGCUCCGGCCUCGGCGAGGAGACCGCCCUCCCCCCCGCCAUCCACUACAUCCCCCCGACCCCCACCAUGGACGCCGCUCGCGCAGAGGCCCAGCUCGUCAUCUUCUCCGCCAUCGACGACCUCAUGGCCCGCACCGGCCUCCGUCCCCGCGACGUCGACAUCCUCAUCGUUAAUUGCAGCCUCUUCUCCCCAACCCCUUCCCUCUCUGCAAUGAUCGUCAACCGCUACAAGCUCCGCAGCAACGUUCGCAGCUACAACCUCUCCGGCAUGGGCUGCAGCGCGGGCCUCAUCUCCAUCGACCUCGCCCGCGACCUCCUUCAGGUCCACCCCAACUCAUACGCCCUCGUCGUCAGCACCGAGAUCAUCACCCCAAACUACUACAAGGGCUCCGAGCGCGCCAUGCUCCUCCCCAACUGCCUCUUCCGAAUGGGCGGCGCCGCCAUACUCCUCUCCAACAAGCGCCGCGACGCCCGGCGCGCCAAGUACCGCCUCGUCCACAUCGUACGCACCCACAAGGGGGCCGACGACAAGGCAUACCGGUGCGUGUACGAGCAGGAGGAUCCCGAGGGGAAGGUCGGGAUCAACCUUUCAAAAGACCUCAUGGUGAUUGCCGGGGAGGCCUUAAAGUCGAACAUCACCACCAUCGGCCCCCUCGUCCUCCCGGCCUCCGAGCAGCUCCUCUUCCUGUUCACGCUGAUCGGGCGAAAGAUCUUCAACCCAAAGUGGAAGCCCUACAUACCGGAUUUCAAACAGGCGUUCGAGCACUUCUGCAUCCACGCGGGCGGGAGAGCGGUGAUAGACGAGCUGCAGAAGAACCUGCAGCUGUCGGCGGAGCACGUGGAAGCGUCGAGGAUGACACUGCACAGGUUCGGGAACACGUCGUCCUCGUCACUAUGGUACGAGAUGGGCUACAUCGAGGCCAAGGGGAGGAUGAGGAAAGGGGAUAGGGUGUGGCAGAUCGCGUUCGGGAGCGGGUUCAAGUGCAACAGCGCGGUUUGGAAGUGCAACCGCACGAUUAAGACGCCGGUAGAUGGGCCGUGGACUGAUUGUAUCGAUCGGUACCCGGUGCAUAUUCCGGAGAUCGUCAAGCUCUGA